AUGGUCGAAUACGGUUGCAAUGUUGCCAACAAGUUCGGCUUCAUGUCCGAUGACGACGAUCUUGAUGACCCGCAAGAACUUAUCAGCCGGGUCACUCAAAUGGAGGCUGAGAAGGCUGCUGCUCAAAAGAAGGCUGACAAACUAGCAAAGCAAGCCGCUGCAGCACCUAAAGAAGUGGCAAAGCCUGCUGGCAAAGAGAACAGCAAGCCUGUCGGUGGUGAGAGAGGAGGUCGUGGCGGUCGUGGUAGAGGUCGAGGUGGCCCUCGUCCUCCACGACAGGAAGGAGACUUCUCCGAGCGAUUCGGAGAAAUCCGCGGUGAACGUGGUGGUCGUGGUGGACUACGUGGGGGACGCGGACGCGGAGCACCAUUCCGAGGACGUGGCGGAAAUGCCAACACCUUCAUAGACGCUCCCAAGGAUACACAGAAUAACUUUGAUGAAGUUUCACAUGAUUCUCCGGUAGUGGAAUUCCAGGGUGAGCGACGUGGUCGUGGUGGACGUGGUGGAUUUAAUGGCGAACGAAGGGGACGUGGUGGAUUCCGUGGCGGCCGCCAAUUUGAUCGUCAAAGCGGGUCCGACCGCACCGGAGUGCGCGGUGUCGACAAAAAGGAUGGACAUGGGCGUGGAAAUUGGGGGGAUGAUAAGGACGAACUCGCUGGGGAAACUGAACCAGUUGUGGUUUCGGAGGAGCCAGAAGCUCCCCGUGAGAAAACAGCUGAAGAGCUUGCUCAGGAAGCCCUUGAGGCUGAAUAUGCGAAACAGAAGACGUUGAAAGAGUACAUUGAAGCACACAAGAAGGAGGCCCCAAAAUUCAAUGUUCGCAAAGCUGGAGAAGGAGAGGAAGAGAACUUCGGAAAGUUGGUAAAGCUUCAAAAAGAGGUAGUGGUUGAUAAAGAGGAGGAAGAAGUUUCAAUAAUUCGUCGUGAGCCUCGUGAGAAGGCCCUUCAUAUUGAUAUUCAAUUCGCUGAACCCAGUCGUGGCUAUCGCGGUGACCGUCCACCGAGGGGACGUGGUGGUCCUCGUGGAGGUGGACGAGGUGGGCGCGGUGGUGGUCGUGCACAAGCGCCACCACAUUUUGACUCCUCUCUUGAUGCCUUCCCUGCUCUUGGCUCCAAAUAA